GAGGGUUUCUAAGUGCCGCUGAGCAUGCUCAGUAGCUCUAAGGGAAGGUUUGUUCUCCAGCAGCUGACCUCAUUCGACCUCUCCAGAAAUAGAUAUUUAACUCUCUGAACUCCUGUUUAAGUAUAGGAUUUGUUUUGGCUCUCUCUUCGUUUUUUAAGGUUCAAAGGGAAGAGGCGAGGAGUCCAGGGUCUCACCGCCCACGCAGCCAAUGAGACGCCUGUGGGUGGAGCCUGGCCAGCUCUGGCUGCUGAGGGACUCGCCCCCGGAGGAUGCGGUGGAGUUUGUGCUUUGCUGCAUCCGUCACUGAAGAACAAAAUAAGAGUAAAGGAGACAAGCUGCAGAGCAUGGGAGGCUGUGGGGUCUUCUGAAACCUUUGCUGGGCUUUCCGCGGAGCAUGAGCUUUUAAAACGAAUUCUUUUCAAAGAAACCCAUUUGUGUAGCUGGAAAAAUGAUACACAUGCUAAAUGCAGCAGCCUAUCGGGUGAAAUGGACCAGAUCCGGUGCUGCUAAAAGGGCUGCCUGCCUGGUGGCUGCGGCAUAUGCUCUGAAAACCCUCUAUCCCAUCAUUGGCAAGCGUUUAAAGCAGCCUGGCCACAGGAAGGCGAAAGCAGAAGCUUACCCGCCUGCAGAGAACAGAGAAAUACUGCAUUGCACGGAGAUCAUCUGUAAAAAACCUGCGCCGGGACUAAAUGCAGCUUUUUUCAAACAGCUACUAGAACUUCGGAAAAUCCUCUUUCCAAAACUUGUGACCACUGAAACGGGGUGGCUCUGCCUCCACUCGGUGGCUCUAAUCUCAAGAACAUUUCUCUCUAUUUAUGUGGCUGGUCUGGAUGGGAAAAUCGUGAAAAGCAUCGUGGAAAAGAAGCCUCGGACUUUCAUCAUCAAAUUAAUCAAGUGGCUUAUGAUUGCUAUCCCCGCUACCUUUGUCAACAGCGCUAUCAGGUACCUGGAGUGCAAACUGGCAUUAGCCUUUAGAACUCGCUUAGUAGACCAUGCCUAUGAGACUUAUUUCGCAAAUCAGACUUAUUAUAAGGUGAUAAAUAUGGAUGGGAGGCUGGCAAACCCUGACCAGUCUCUUACCGAAGACAUUAUGAUGUUCUCGCAAUCUGUGGCUCACCUGUAUUCCAACCUUACCAAGCCUAUUUUAGAUGUCAUUUUAACCUCCUAUACUCUCAUCCGGACAGCUACAUCCAGAGGAGCAAGCCCUAUAGGGCCCACCCUGUUAGCAGGACUUGUCGUGUAUGCCACUGCUAAAGUACUGAAAGCUUGCUCGCCCAAAUUUGGUUCGCUGGUGGCUGAAGAAGCCCACAGGAAAGGCUACCUGCGGUAUGUCCACUCCCGAAUCAUAGCCAAUGUGGAAGAAAUUGCCUUCUACAGAGGACAUAAGGUAGAAAUGAAGCAGCUGCAGAAAUGUUACAAGGCUUUAGCUUACCAGAUGAACCUGAUUUUAUCCAAACGUUUAUGGUACAUCAUGAUAGAACAAUUCUUGAUGAAGUAUGUGUGGAGCAGCUGUGGACUAAUUAUGGUGGCUAUACCCAUUAUCACUGCAACGGGCUUUGCAGAUGGUGCUCUGGAGGAUGGUCCAAAGCAGGCUAUGGUUAGCGAUCGGACAGAGGCCUUUACCACUGCCCGGAACUUAUUGGCCUCUGGAGCUGAUGCAAUUGAAAGGAUUAUGUCUUCAUACAAAGAGAUCACUGAACUAGCAGGUUAUACUGCUAGAGUAUACAAUAUGUUCUGGGUCUUCGAUGAAGUGAAGAGAGGCAUUUAUAAGAGAACUGUCACUCAGGAACCUGAAAACCAUAGCAAGCGUGGAGGCAACCUGGAACUACCCCUCAGCGACACCCUGGCCAUCAAAGGAACAGUUAUUGAUGUGGAUCAUGGAAUCAUUUGCGAAAAUGUUCCCAUAAUUACACCAGCGGGCGAAGUGGUGGCUUCCAGGCUAAACUUCAAAGUGGAAGAAGGGAUGCAUCUCUUGAUAACUGGUCCCAAUGGUUGUGGGAAAAGCUCUCUCUUCAGAAUCUUAAGUGGGCUGUGGCCUGUGUAUGAAGGAGUCCUUUAUAAACCGCCUCCCCAACAUAUGUUCUAUAUUCCACAGAGGCCUUACAUGUCUCUUGGAAGUCUCCGGGAUCAAGUCAUUUACCCUGACUCAGCGGAUGACAUGCGUGAGAAAGGUUAUACUGACCAAGACCUAGAACGUAUCCUGCACAGCGUGCACCUCUACCACAUAGUUCAAAGAGAAGGAGGAUGGGAUGCAGUCAUGGACUGGAAAGAUGUCCUUUCAGGAGGGGAGAAGCAGCGAAUGGGCAUGGCGCGGAUGUUUUACCAUAAACCGAAGUAUGCAUUGCUGGAUGAGUGUACCAGUGCCGUGAGCAUCGACGUUGAAGGAAAGAUAUUUCAGGCUGCUAUCGGGGCUGGGAUUUCCCUACUCUCCAUAACACACAGGCCUUCUCUGUGGAAAUACCACACUCAUCUAUUACAGUUCGAUGGUGAAGGAGGCUGGCGCUUUGAACAGUUGGACACUGCUAUCCGUUUAACGUUAAGUGAGGAAAAGCAAAAGUUGGAGUCGCAGCUCGCUGGAAUUCCCAAAAUGCAGCAGAGACUCAACGAACUAUGCAAAAUUUUGGGGGAAGACUCAGUGCUGAAAACAAUCCAAACUGCAGAAAAGACAUCCUAACUUAGCUUGACAUGUUUUCAGUUACCUUCUAGGUGAAGCCUCAGAGACUCUCUCUUUACUGCAUGCAGUAUGUUAAGCUAAGUGCAGAGAAAGCAAGCCAGCAAAAAAAAAAAAAGUAUUUUGUGUGAUUUUAGCAUUGAGGAAAUAUAUGAUGACUUUUCAAACAAACAAACAAAAAAGCAAACGAAUUAGUUGAGAUUAGUCAUGACUUCAGUUAGUGCCCAGUGAAAGGCUAACUCACCUGUAAAGCAGGACUUUCUAGGACUAGGAGAAAGUGACCUGAGGUUCUUCAUGUAGGAGAAUGCCCCAAAACAAAGCAGCAAAGGCACCAGGAGGGCUGAUGUCAGCUGUGCAGAAUUAGGACUUUGAGGGAUCUUUCAGCCCACUUAAAGGACAAUAGGUGCAACACCUGGAAUCCAUAAUCAGCAUUGCUAGGGGCCAAGUCAAACUGUGUACAAAAUAACAGGCAUUUUGAUACAUAAUUUCAGUCUGAAAAAUGCAUUUUAAUGACAGUGGUUGAAAACAAGCAUGGCUGGACAAGUAUAAAGUACUGUAUUUAAAUUUUUCAUACUUUCAGCAUCUUGAUACAGAUACCAAAAAUAAACAUGAAUAAAAAGUGUAUUUGCUUAAAAACAAACCCUUUUGUUUUUUAAAAAGAGAAUUGCCCAUAGGGAAGAGGAGGAUCCUAACAAUGCUUGUUCUGGCUGUUGCUUGACUCUGCAGUGCUAUCUGGUACAAUUUCUACCCAGAAAUAUUGCUUGUUUUGUGCCCACAAAAAAGCAUUUUAGAAACUUGAUUGCUGUCCUAAGUUUCCUUGAUCCUGGAAAUCACAGUUAUGUUCUUACAUUCAUUUUUAUCUUACUCUGCCUUUGAAGCAAUCUUUUAAGGCAUACAAGUUUUUUUGUUCCUUUUUCUUCUGAGAAAGCAGACACUCAGAUUUACUUUAAUCACAUGGUUUAUUUGGAAAGAGCUGUAGAGAUCAAUAGAGGUCUUGUGACCCCCUGAUUCAGUGCUUUCAUCACUAUUGACCCUUAAAUUUAACUGGGAUAUAAUGUCAAUUUAAAAAUUAUGUGAGCCAGGCGGUGGUGGCGCACGCCUUUAAUCCCAGCACUUGGGAGGCAGAGGCAGGGGUUUUUCUGAGUUCGAGGCCAGCCUGGUCUACAAAGUGAGUUCCAGGACAGCCAGGGCUACACAGAGAAACCCUGUCUCAGGGGGAAAAAAAUUUAUGUGGACCAGGUAAAUGUCUAGAAAUGGAAUUGUAGGCAAAGCAGGGCAUAAGGAAAAAAUUUAAGUAGAUGAAUAAAUAUUUUUAAGGCAUGGAGGAAUGGCAGUUGCUUCUCUUGCUGGGGUCCCGACUUCCAUUGCCAGCAUCACAUGGUGGCUCAGAACUGUGUCUAAUUCCAGUUUCAGGGGAUCUGACACCGUCUUCUGGACUUCAGGAGCAUAAAGUCCUCAUACAUACCUGCAGACAAAACAUUCUUUUUUUUUUUUUUAAUAUUUUUAUUACAUAUUUUCCUCAAUUA